GUAUCAUUAUAUCUAAAUAAAUAAAUUCACAUACACAUUUUAUUUAAAAAAUGAAAAUUUUAAAAUUAUUAUUAAUUUUAUUUGUAUCAAUAGGUUUUAAUUAUAAAUUUGUCGAAUCUUAUGGAGAACCAAAUUUAAGAGGAUUCCCAACAUGGUUUGAAAGAAGUAAUUUAGUUUUAGUUAAUGCAGUAAGAAUUGCACCAAGACAAUAUCUUAGAAAGUAUACCAACUUUGCCGAUCAAGAUAUUCUCUCACCAUCAAUCUAUCCAUCAGUACACCCAUUAUAUUUCGAAUUUACUUUGGGUGCUUCUGCUUUAAGCCAUUCUCGUGAUAUGUCAUUUAAUGGUUGUUUUUCACAUGAUUCAUGUGAUGGUACAGAUUGUGAUUCAAGAAUAUACCAAUAUUAUCAAUGCUCAGAUAUUCAUGGGGAAAAUAUUGCAGCAGGUUAUGAUUCACCAUUAAUUACAAAUAAUCAAUGGGUUUGCGAUGAUGGUUCAAAUGAUCCAUAUGCAUCAGAUCGUUAUUGUGCAGGAGAUGCCAGUGGUAGUGAUGGUCAUAGAAAGAAUAUAAUGUCACCAGAUUAUAGUGUUAUUGGUAUUGGUUAUUCAUUUACACCUGAUAGUACCUAUCAUUCAUACUGGACUCAAGAUUUUGGCCAAGAGAAAUGUAACAAUAUUAGCCAAUCCAUCCAUUCUGGUUCACAUCUCUAUUUACAAUCAGGUAAAAUUACAUUUAUGGUCGAUUGGUAUGAUGAAAAAGAACCAACUGCCAGCUUUGUUAUUAUCGAAGGAAAAAAAUAUCCAUUAUCUCUUGAUAUGGGAACUAAAGCCAAAGGAAUCUACACCACUACUCUCCCAAUGGAAAAGAAAUGCAGAGAUUACUAUUUCUAUUUUGAAAAAUCAAUUACUACCAACACCACCAAUACCACAAUUCAAGUAACCGAUAAAGGAAAUAUAACUUUAACCUCAUAUUCAUUCUCAACUUCAACUGAAAUAUUUAGAUAUCCACAUUUUGGCUAUCUUCAAACUUUUGGUGAAGGUGGUUGCAGAAAGUCAUAUUCAAUCAAUGGCACCGAAUAUCAGCCAUUUAUUCCAUCCAUUCCAUCCCUUUUACCAAUUCACGGUUCAACAGAGAAUAAAAAUCAUAAUCCAACCAAUAGUCCAAAAGGUCAUACUCCAACCAACAGUCCAAGUGUUAUUCCAAACAAUAACAACCCAACCAAACAACCAGAAAGUAGCAACAAUCCAACUAAACAACCAGAAAGCAACAAUAGUCCAACUGAUAGCCCAAGUGAUACUCCAAACAAUAACACACCAACUAAACAACCAGAAAGCAAUAAUCAAAAUGGUAGCCAUGGUUCGGUAUCUUCAUCCUCAACCACCACUACUACAACUUCAUCAUCCUCAUCAUUAUCUUCAUCAUCCUCAUUGUCAUCAACUUAUACAGCAUUUGAUUCAUCAUUAGAAACUUCAUCAUUCGAAACAUAUAAUGCUCAUUACAAGUUCCUUGGUUGUUUUAAUGACGAACUUGCCCAUGACUUACCAUUUAAUGAAAUUUUUUCAUUAAACAUGACUAAUGAAAAAUGCGAAGCUUAUUGUGCAAGAAACAAUUUCAAAUACUCUGGUACAGAAUUAGGUACUCAAUGUUACUGUGGUAAUAAAUAUGGUUCAUAUGGUAAAGCAAAGAGACAAUCAGACUGUUCAUUCAAAUGUGGUGGAGAUAAAAAUGAAUUUUGUGGUGGUAAUGAUAAAAUAACAGUUUAUAAAACAAGCUACAAUGGAUGUCAUUCAUAUGAGCCUUUAAUUGCUCAUUUUUCAAUUUCAGCAACAUCAGAUAAAAUGACUAUUGAAUCAUGCAAAUCUUAUUGUUACUCUAAACACUUUUCAAAUGCAGGUUUGGCUCGUGGUAACGUUUGUCUUUGUGGAAACAAUACAUUUGUUGAAACUGAAGAAUCACCACAAUCAUCAACUAAAAACCUAUACACCGAAGCUACAAACAAAUGUUCUAUUAAAUGUUCAGGCUCAGACAAAGAAUUCUGUGGGGGUGAGAAUGAAAUCUCCAUCUAUUCAACUGAAAAUCUUGUAAACACCGUUGUACCAAAUGAUUUCAGUGAUAAUUCAAUUACAUUACCAGCAAACUCCAACAACUCUUAUAAACUAAUCAACAAUAACCAUAUUUAUCUACUAUUUAUUUUAAUACUACUUAUUUUGGUUUUAAAUUAAAAAAAAGAAAACAAAUAAAAACAAUUGUACCAAUAUUAAAUAACU